GGCGGCUCCAGUGAGAGCUGCUGCCGCCCCAGCCCCCACGCGGCCCCUGGGGUGGUCUAGAGGGAGUGGGCAGAGGGGUCCCGGCCAGGGCUUCCGCAGCUCCCGGCCUGCUGCUGCCAUCCCGCCAAAGCUGCUGCCGCGCCCGCCCUGGCCCCAGUCAUGAAGCUGCCCAAGGGGGCCCGGAACGCCGUGUUCUAUGCACAGCACCCCGAGGAGGAGGUGCAGGUGCCCACCCGGCAGGAGGUCAAGCAGACCCCCAUCAUCAUGGCUCUGAUCAAAGGUCCAGGGCCUGCCAAGUACCUGCGGCCAUCCUGCACGGGCUACGUCGACCACGACACCUCCAUGUUCCAGGAGCCGGCCUACACCCUGCACAGCCGGCACUCGGAGAAGCGGAUUAUGGACACAUGCAGCCCCGGGCCCUGCUACUUCCUGGAUCCCAAAAUAACCCGGUUCGGAAUGUCCAGCUGUCCGCAGGUCCCCAUGGAGGAGCGGCUCUGCAGUCUGCGCCUGAGCCCCACCCCGGCCCCCUGUCACUACCACCUUGAGAAGAUCCAGCCACCUGGGGAACGCAGGGCUCCCCAGUACACAUUCGGCUACCGCUGUCCCUACAGAGUGGGGGACCCCAACCCGGCCCCCAACCAGUACCAGCUGCCGUGCUCGCUGGGGCCCCACACGCCCGUCAAGCGAGCAUCCCCCUGCUACAGCCUGGCCCCUGCAGACAAGAACUGGUUCUAUAAGGAGGACGUGGCCAGAGGCCCUGGCCCGGCCACGCAUGCCCGGCCCGAGCCGUCUGUCUACCAGAACCGCAGCCCCGUCUACAGCAUGGCCAGGCGCUUUGCCUACCCACUGGACCACACGCUACGGCCCGGCCCUGGCACCCAUGAGGUUCAGAAGGUCACCACGCACAAGCCCCGCACCCCGGCCUUCACCAUGGGCAUCAAGCACUCGCCUCACCUGUGCCCGCUGGUGCUCGACAUUCGGGACUGAGUGCCGGCACGCUCGUGCACCCCCACUCCGCCACCCCCAGCCCGAGAGUUAUUUUUCUAUUCCAGAGAUCCUUGACCGAGUUUCGCAGUAGCAGCGCUGGUGCCCGAUGCAGGGCCAGCACGCACAGGCCUUAGAUAAA